UGUCAGCUGACUUCUGAAUACUUCCUCAUCGCCUGUUCCUCUUUCAUGAUUUUACCCACAAUUACCUUCUUAUUCAUUUCAAUCUAGCUGAAAUAUUUCAUGUGGAGGGAACACGGAUAUAAAUGAAAUGUCUGCGAAACCAACUUGUUUGAUAGUGGCGAGUGCGUCUCCACAAGGGGUGUCAGCAAAGUCUUUCCACCAGUCCUUCAGCCUUUGUACCUCAGUGUUUAAUCUGCAGACAGCCACACCAGGGGGAAAGCCAAUAGACUUCAUCGGAGUGGAUGAAAGCACUGCUAGAUGGGUGCAGGACUUCAAUGUGAAACCCUACGCAACACCUGCUAAGCUUGAAUCUAUAGAUGGUGCCCGAUACCAGGCGCUGCUCAUCCCGGACUGCCCUGGAGCGCUGAAUGACCUCGCACACAGCGGCUCUUUGCACCGCAUUCUCACACACUUCAUCUCUCACCAAAAGCCUGUUUGUGCAGUGGGACAAGGAGUGUCAGCACUGUGCUGCGCCACUGAGGGACAGAACUGGAUCUUCAGUGGCUACAGCUUAACAGGGCCGUCAGUGUUUGAACUGGUGCGGAGGCCUGACUUUGCCAACCUGCCCUUGGUUGUGGAAGACUUUGUGAAAGACAGUGGUGGAUCAUACACAGCAAGUCCAGAAGAUGCUGUGCACGUAGUCAUUGACAGACACCUAAUAACUGGUCAGAAUAUGCAGUCAACCACACUUGCUGUAAAUAAUCUAAUACUGCUCUGUGGUGCCAAGUAAUUUUUAACAUCAGGAACAUCAACUUAAACAGCUCAGUUGUUCCACAUUUAUAUAUUCAUGUAAUUAAACAUUCAUCUCAGACAAAUAUUGGAAGAUGUUUGGCAACACUGUAAAUACAACUUCAUUACUUGUCAAUGCUGUCAUUAUAAACCUAAUAAAAAAAAACACACAAUCAAAUGUCUCAGUUUGAAAAUUAAAAAAAAUGACAAAACUUGCGGCGUCAGGUUUUGGGGAUGUUCAAAACCACAGAAAGAUUCAUCUUCACAGCAAGCAAAGACUCCAAGAGCAGACACGAUUGUGGUUGAUGAAGAGCAAAACAGAAGAUUUCUGGAUCUGGACUGAGGAGAGGCUGCAGAUGUUUGGGGCACGUGAGCUCUGAGACCCUCAGAACAACAAUAUAACCCUUCAUUUAAACUGUAUACAUAUCGAUGAUCAUGCACCCUCUGUUGCUGGAGAUGGAGAUGUGUUACUGCACUCUGUACUGUACAAACUGAAUUUUUUCACAAUAUAAUCCAUGAAAAGGAAUACAACACACUGAAGUACCUUGUGUCUGCUGCUAAUAUCCUUUCAAUCAACACAUCCCAAAUGUGUUCCUGUAGACAAGAUUCCUCAACAGUUCAUAACCCUCAAACAAAAAAAAAGCUUAUAGCUCUUGAAUUUUUGGUGCACCAUAUUUAGGGAAAAAAGAAAUAAAAUCCAUGUGCUGAUGAUUUGGGGUCCACAG